AUGAAGCACUCGGCCAGGCCCGACCUGGAGCAACGCCGCAAGUCGUCUACGCUGCACUACCAGACCUUUCCCACCAAGCCGCCCACCUCGCGCGGCGCUCCACCCUCGCCUGAUGCGUCCUUCGGCCAUCGCCGCGGCGAUUCCGACGCGUCUGCGCAACACCAUGAGUCGCCGCUUCCCAAGAAGCAGCUCGCCGUGCUUGCCGUCAUCGCGCUGGCCGAGCAAACCGCUCUCAACUCCAUCAGCCCGUAUCUGCCCGAGAUGACAACCACAUUUCCUGGCGUGACAGAAGACAAAGUAGGCAUCUACGUUGGCUUGAUAGCGUCGUCGUUCGCUCUGGCGCAGUUUGCGACAAAUUUCUUUUGGGGCUGGCUGUCAGACCGCAUCGGCCGCAAGCCAGUCGUGCUGCUUGGGACGCUUCUGACAAUUGCGUGUUUCAUAGCCUUCGGGUUCUGCAAAACGCUGUGGCAAGCCAUAGUUGUACAACUCUUCAUGGGUCUUGUGAAUGGCAAUCAGGGCGUCGUUUCAACGUGCUUGGGCGAAAUCACCGAUCGGAGUAACCAGAGCCGGGCCUUCACCUACCUGCCCGUGGUCUAUGGCAUAGGAGGCAUUACCGGGCCCAUCGUAGGAGGCCUGCUCGUUUUCAAGAAGAACCCCUUCACGGGCAACAAGGCCCGGUAUCCCUACUUGGCGCCAAACUUGUUCUCGGCAGCCAUUCUACUUGUCGACAUGAUCCUUACCAUGCUAUUCUUGGAGGAGAGUUUGGAAGGAGCCAGAGACCUGCCGCCGCUCGGACAGAGGAUCGAGAAUCUCUUCGCCUGGCUGUGGCAGUUUACGAGCUCCACCCGGCCGACUUACAUCCGCCGAGUUAUGGGCAAGGGUCGUCGCCGCAACAGCUCUAGCACGCACGCUGAUGACGACGAAGACGACGCCUCAGAUAUUUCUCAAGAAUCUGCUCCCACUCUUCUGCCAAAUGUGUCCAAUGGCGAGAACUUGACGAGGCGAGAAGUCCUCAACAGGGAUACACUUCUCCUCCUCCUUACCUUCCUGAUCUUCCAGUUUGCUAAUAUCUCCUACAAUUCCCUGUAUCCCAUCUUCGCGCAAGCGCCCCCACCCACUGGUCGCAGCUUGAGCACGGAAGAGAUCGGGGUUUCCCUAGCCUUCGCUGGAGCUAUCACGAUCCUGUUUCAGAUCGGUAUUUAUGGAAAGCUAAGAGAGAAGAUGGGCAACAAGACCACAUACAGAGUCAGCCUUGCCGCCUUUGUGGUUGCGUUUCUGCUUAUGCCCUGGGUCGGCUACAAAAACGGCGAAAAUACGGGCGCGGGUCUUGGUCGCGGGAAGACCAUCAUGUGGAUCGAGCUGGGAUUCGUGCUCAUUGUGAAGACGGUGGCUGCCGUCGGCGGUUUAACUUCAGCCCUGCUCCUGAUCACCAACUCCGCCCCCGACCACGCCGUACUUGGCACACUCAAUGGCCUGGCUCAGACUCUUUCCGCGGGUGGCCGUGCGGUUGGGCCUUUCGUAUCUGGGAGCUUGUUCUCUGCUGCAACCCGCAUCAAACCAAAGGGUGAGGCUAUGGCUUUCGGCAUCUUUGGCGGAAUAACUUUCGUUGGAUUCCUGCUUAGCUUCGGCAUUAGAGGCGCAGGUCUCGAAUCUGAAGGAUUCGACGAGGAACAGAGCAGUGAAGCGGAUGAUGAUGCAGAUGACGAAGACGAAGAGAGCUCAGAUGAGAGGUCAGGAUUGCUUCGCGGGAAGUGA